CCCACGAACCAACUCCCUUCCUCCGCUUUGCAAAAAAAUAAAAGGAAACUGAUAGCCAAACCUACUAUCAUUUCGCGAUGAUUGAGGACACUGAGAGCAACGAGCUGUCCGAGCAAGGUAUCAACGACAGUCUUCCAGAAUCAGAAGAUCUCGUCGGCCAGUCUCUUCCGCCCGUAGACCGUGGAAAGGAUGCUUGGCUCGUCCUAGUGGGAACUUUCGUCAUUGAGGGACUCGUCUGGGGAUUCCCUUUCACUUCUGGGGUUUUCCAGGAGUACUACUCCAACAAUGGGCAGUUUGAUGAUAACCCCGCUGGGGUAACGAUGAUUGGAACCGUGACCCUUGGGGUCCUCUAUCUCAGUUCACCACUGUGUCUGUUUGCGCUCCGACAGUGGCCACGAUACCGUCGCAGAUCCAUUAUCCUGGGCUGCUUGAUAUCUUCUCUGGCUUUGGUGGCAGCUUCAUUUGCUACGCGUGUCUGGCAACUGGUCUUGACACAGGGCUUUCUCUACGCCAUUGGCGCGUGUAUGAUGUCUUACCCGACAAUGCUGUUCGUCAACGAGUGGUUCGUCCAUCGCAAGGGGCUAGCUUUUGGUAUUGCGUGGGCAAGUACGGGAUGUUCUGGGGUCACGGCUCCUCUAUUCAUCUCCUGGUCAUUGUCACAUUUCUCUUUCCGCACCACUCUCCGCAUAUGGGCAGUCGCCAGUACCAUUCUUCUAUGCCCCGUGCUGCCUUUCAUGAAGCCUCGCGUGCCUCCUUCAACCGUCUCUGCUUCGAAGAUCCCUAAUAUGAAAUUCGUCAUCUGUCGACCAUUCUUGCCACUGCAACUGUGCAGUAUCAUGGAGAGUCUGGGCUAUUUCCUCCCCAGUUUAUACCUUCCUCUAUAUGCGCGCUCGCUGGGAUUCAGCAACGAAAUCGCCACUGCGAGCGUGGUACUUCUGAACGGCGGUGCAUUUUUCGGCUCAGUUGUCAUCGGGUUCUUAGUCGAUCAAUGGGACGUAACGACCGUCAUGUUAUUCUCCACCGUCGGCGCGACUGCAUCUGUCGUUUUCCUCUGGGGCUUUUCAGGCUUAGCUGCCAUCCUAUGCACUUUCUCCUGUCUGUACGGCUUCUUCGCAGGGAGCUUCAGCUCCAUCUGGCCGGGAAUCAUGCGCGAGACGACAGCAAAGCAUUACUCCGCGGAGCCUGGGCUAGUUUAUGCUCUGCUAGUGGCAGGUCGCGGAGUAGGGGGCGUGCUCUCUGGACCCUUAAGCGAGGCCUUGCUGACUGCACCGCCUUUAACUAAUGUGAUUUCCUAUGGCUAUGGCAGCAAAUAUGGUAUAUUGAUUGUAUUCACCGGCGUUACGACUAUGUUAGGUGGGAUCGGGUUUUUCGGAAGACGCCUUGGUUGGGUGUGAAUGAUGGCGUUGCGGUCGAUGGGUUUUAAACUUUUCCGACAAUGGCGAAAUAAUCUUUCUCUGAGAGAUGGUCUAAAUUUUUUCCCAGAAGGUGAUUGAUAAUGGCUAGAAUGGCGCAGGUUUUACAUGGGUAGAACUAGAUAGUUCUCUUCUUUUUUUCCCCCCUUUUCGUUUCUUUUACUUCAGUUGACUUAGUUAUUGCCCCUUUUUAUUCACUUAGAAUACUAGAUUCUAGACAACCAAAAGUUCUUCUUUGCUUUCAAGUCUAAAUCAUGACCCUGAAAACACAAAUUGCAAUCUAGACAUGACUCCACGUAGAUCCUUAUGUUUAAAUAUUAUU